UCUUAUCUCCUGAUAAGACCAUUGUGUGGAGUUACUCUGCACAUGCUCAGUUUGGUGUGUACUGCUAGAAAGGUUUUUUGUUUUUUUUUCUUGGGAGGGUGCAUUGAAUGCGGGGUCCGGGGGAGACCAGAUAUAGUGAAUGCGGGGUCCGGGAGACCGGAUGGAUAUAGUGAAUGCGGGGGUCUGGGGAGAGACCGGAUAUAGUGAAUGCUGGGUCCGGGGAGAGCGGAUAUAGUGAAUGCGGGGUCCGGGGAGAGCGGAUAUAGUGAAUGCGGGGUCCGGGGAGAGCGAGCGAAUAUAGUGAAUGCAGGGUCCGGGGAGACCGGAUAUAGUGAAUGCGGGGUCCGGGGAGA